UGUAAGAAGUAGGAGUAAAAAGUAGGYUGAAAAWUAAUUACUCAAGUAAAGUACAUAUAUCCAAAAAUUUUCUUUAAGUAUAGUAAAAAAAAUACAUGGAUGGAUGGAUGGUGGCAAAAUAUGUGACAUUAUUAGCUGUAAACUGCAUUAUUACAUUUCCAAGUCCAACUUGUGUCUUGCACAGUUGAAAAUACUGUCUAACACAAAUAAAAGUACACAAUCACACACAAAACGUUUAAUAAAAAAAAAGGAAGAAGAAACAUUUAAACACAGAAAAAUGCCCAAAGCACCAACAAAUAAAGUGGGACUACUUGCUGUCCCAUCACCUCCCUCUCGUUUGUGGCCCCGCCCACUGCAUCCUCAGCAUGGCGGAAGUGGAGCAGGAAUUCCGCCAAUGCACGCGGCGGUUGACAGUGACGGCUGAUGACCAGCCCGUAGUAACACAGGGUUGUUGCCCAGUGACGAACUGUCAUCCUCCACGUUAACUAGCCAGCUGUUAGUAGCUGUAGCUCGGCUCAAACACAGCUGUCGUGUCCCCCGCCUCCUUCGGCUUGAGUCGGACUUCACAGACCGUGGAUGAAAGCUUUGAUGCUCCGCCGUUGGACCGGUGGCUUUUUCCUCGUCUCCUCAUCGGAAUGAACUAGCAAAGCUGCCUGCUGUGGAGAUAAUAAUAAUAAUAAUAAUAAUGGAUUUGCUCAGGAUGAUGGACGGGCUGUCUCACGGACUGGCAGACUUGUCCAUGUUUCCUUACUUCGACAUGGCGCACUAUAUCGUGUCAAUGAUGGCUCUGAGGGAGCAGCCAGGAGCUCUGGAUGUGUCCAGGGCCAGCCCCUUGGCCUGCUGGUUCAGCUCCAUGCUGUAUUGUUUUGGUGGGGCUGUGCUGUCGGGGAUCAUGCUGGCCGAGCCAGCGGUAGCACCUUUGUCCAACAGCCCUACUAUUCUGCUUGCUUCAAUCGUUUGGUACCUCAUCUUUUAUUGCCCCAUGGACGUGGUGUACUCCUGCGCUGCCCUGCUGCCCCUCCGGCUGCUGCUGUCAGGAAUGAAGGAGGUCACCAGGACGUGGAAGGUCCUCGGAGGCGUCACGCUGGCUCAAAAUAAAUACAAAGACAGCCUGCUGGUUAUGAUCGCCAUCGGGUGGGCGAGAGGUGCUGGAGGUGGUCUCAUAAGUAAUUUUGAGCAGCUUGUUCGAGGUGUGUGGAGGCCAGAAACAAAUGAGCUCCUCAAUAUGUCGUACCCCACAAAGAUCACUCUGAUUGGAGCGGUGCUCUUUGCUCUGCAGCAGACCCACUACCUGCCUCUGCACAAACACCACCUGAUGCUGAUUUACACCAUUUUCAUCGUCGUCAACAAGACCCGGAUGAUGCUGACGGGCUCCUCCGCCUCACCCUUCGCCUCCAUUGAAUCGGUCCUGUACAAAACCCUCUUUUCCGGUCACUCCCCGUACGCCGCUCUCACGGGCGACUUCAAGACGCCGUGCAGCGGUAACAGCUCAACGGGCGGGAAAACAUCCCGCCUCACUACCAAAGAAUCCAGCGAGAACAGGGAUCGAGGCUGCUCGCUGAAAGCCAAAGACGAGUCGGAGAACACGGAGACUGCAGACGACAAGAAGAGCAACUAGUCCUGAAGUGCCUUUUUUCCCCUCAAAGCAGGGUUGUUGAGUUCUUCAUGCUUCAAAUAUGUUAAGUUUGGAGUUCACCUAAACUUCUUUUUUUAAUGUUUUUAAACACAUCUUAGUUGUAGUGACCAAAAAGGACUUUCUCUGUUUGAUUCUGAAGAGGUGGAUCCCACCGCUGCACUUUAUUCUGGGAUCAUCACCCAACCAGUGAAGAAUGUGAACCAUCAGUUACCUGUUUGAAUACACACCAGCUGUACAAAGUGUAGCUUUCUUAAUUUUCUAAAGAUGUUUAUUUUCAGAACAAACUGUUUCUAAUUAUUUUUCAGGUUGUUGGGGACCAAUGCUGUGCACCUACCUGCUCUUUUUCUUUCUGUGUAUAUUUUGCUUCAUUUAAAAGCUAAAUUUCUUACUUGAGUCUUUUAAAGAAAAUAAAUAUUCUAUAACAUUCAGAUGUUUUAUCAUAUUUAUAACAAACACCUGCACUCUUGAAUGUAAAAUCCCUAGAUAUGGAAUGCAGUCCUAUAAACUGAGAAUAAAGAGAUUUAAACAAUCA